GUCAAAAUUACCAAAGGUUCAUCCAACCGUUAUUUGUAUAGAAAAAUGAUAAAACCCGGAGAAACUUCUCAACACUUUCGUUUGUUAUUCUCAACAGCACAGCACUCCAACACCAACAGCACAGCCUUGUUUACAGUGAGCGUCAUCUCUCCUGCUUGAAACAGCUUUGUUGAAUUGAUAUUAUGAGUGAAGAGUACAAGACGUCGCCGUAUAGGCGACAUAAGAAUGAUUUGGAGACCGGUCCUAGUGGCUUUGAUGAUGAGGAGGACUCAGGUCCGUUUGAUAUUUUUCGGACUAAGAGCGCUUCCGUUGAUCGAUUGAGAAGAUGGAGACAAGCGGCACUUGUGCUAAAUGCUUCUCGUAGAUUUAGGUACACACUGGACCUGAAAAAGGAAGAAGAAAAGAAGCAGAUUAUAGCAAAGAUCAGAACACAUGCACAUGUUAUACGGGCGGCCUACCUUUUCCAAGCCGCUGGACAAAAAGAGAAGGAUGCCCCAAAAUUACCAGCUCCACCCCCUUCAGGUGAUGGUUGUAGUCCACAACAACUUUCCGAAAUGACAAGGGAUCAUGACUUCUCUGCUUUGCAGAAUUUCGGAGGGGUGAAUGGGCUGGCUGAUACAUUAAACACAAGUCUGGAAAAGGGUAUCAAGGGGGAUGAUGAUGAUGUAUUGGAGCGGAAGAAUGUUUAUGGAUCAAACACCUAUCCAAGGAAAAAACCGCGGAGCUUUUGGAGGUUUCUCUUGGAUGCAUGCCGUGAUACUACUUUGAUAAUUCUGAUGGUAGCUGCAGCUGCUUCUUUGGCCCUGGGCAUAAAGUCAGAGGGUAUCAAAGAAGGUUGGUAUGAUGGCGGAAGCAUUGCAUUAGCUGUAAUUAUUGUUAUAGCUGUUACAGCUUUCAGCGACUAUAAACAGUCUCUUCAGUUUCAAGUUCUAAAUGAGGAGAAGCAGAAUAUACAUAUGGAGGUCACUAGGGGUGGUAGAAGAGUAGAGAUAUCAAUAUUUGAUAUUGUUGUUGGUGACGUUAUCCCUCUGAAAAUUGGUGAUCAGGUUCCCGCUGAUGGUGUUUUAAUAUCCGGGCAGUCUCUCGCAAUUGAUGAGUCGAGUAUGACUGGGGAGAGCAAGAUUGUUCACAAGGAUCAGAAGGCACCAUUUCUGAUGUCUGGUUGCAAAAUAGCCGAUGGGUAUGGCACUAUGCUUGUUACUAGUGUUGGUAUCAAUACUGAAUGGGGAUUGCUAAUGGCUAGCAUAUCAGAAGACAAUGGUGAAGAAACCCCAUUGCAGGUCCGUUUGAAUGGAGUUGCAACAUUUGUUGGUAUGGUUGGGUUAGCGGUGGCUGUACUUGUUUUAGUUGUUCUUCUAACCAGAUAUUUUACUGGUCACAGCAAGGAUACCAAAGACUCACCAAGGUAUAUCGCUGGCAAGACCAGUGUUAGUGAUGCUAUUGAUGGAGCAAUCAAAAUUUUCACUGUUGCGGUCACCAUUGUUGUUGUAGCUGUUCCAGAAGGACUUCCUUUGGCUGUCACAUUAACGCUUGCCUACUCGAUGAGAAAAAUGAUGGCAGAUAAGGCCUUGGUCAGAAGGCUUUCUGCUUGUGAAACAAUGGGUUCUGCUACUACCAUUUGCAGUGACAAAACGGGAACCCUGACAAUGAAUGUGAUGACUGUGGUAGAGACCUCCGUAUGUGGGGAGAAAUUUGAUCCUUCUGAAAAUCGGUCACUACCUCCCAAGGUUGCAUCACUCCUGAUCGAAGGCAUAGCACAGAAUUCAACCGGCAGUGUGUUCAUGUCUGAGGGCGGUGAGGUGGAGAUUUCUGGUUCACCAACGGAGAAAGCCAUUCUUCAAUGGGGUGUCAAUCUAGGAAUGGCUUUUGAUACUGUCAGAUCAGGGUCUUCCAUUAUUCAUGCUUUUCCUUUUAACUCAGAGAAAAAACGUGGGGGUGUGGCAGUACGGCUGCCUGAUUCUGCUGUUCACGUGCACUGGAAAGGUGCUGCUGAGAUUGUGUUAGCCUGUUGCACUAGCUACAUCAAUGUUGAUGAAAGUUUGGUGCCCAUGGAAGAAGAUAAGAGGACAUUGUUUAAAAAAGCAAUUGAAGAUAUGGCUGCUAGAAGCCUGCGAUGUGUUGCCUUUGCGUACAGAACUUGUGAAAAAACUCAUGUACCAGAUAACGAGGAGGAGCUAGCUCACUGGAAUUUACCGGAAGAUGACCUUGUCUUGCUUGGGAUUGUAGGACUGAAGGAUCCUUGUCGUCCAAGUGUUAAGAUUGCUGUUCAACUUUGCAUUGAUGCUGGGAUCAAGGUAAGGAUGGUUACUGGUGACAAUCUUCAAACAGCAAGAGCAAUUGCUUUGGAAUGUGGCAUACUACAAUCAGAUGCUGAUGCUACUACGCCAAAUAUUAUUGAAGGGAAGACAUUUCGUGAAUACUCGGAAGCAGAAAGACUGAUAGCGGCUGAGAAGAUAUCUGUAAUGGGAAGGUCGUCACCUAAUGAUAAGCUGUUGCUUGUGCAAGCAUUAAGAAAGAAUGGGCACGUUGUCGCUGUAACUGGAGAUGGCACUAACGAUGCUCCUGCUUUACAUGAGGCUGAUAUUGGUCUUGCCAUGGGCAUCCAAGGAACAGAGGUCGCAAAAGAAAGCUCAGACAUCAUAAUAUUAGAUGACAAUUUUGCUACAGUUGUAAAGGUCGUUCGAUGGGGUCGAUCAGUCUAUGCUAAUAUUCAGAAAUUCAUUCAGUUCCAGCUGACAGUAAAUGUUGCUGCUCUUGUAAUUAAUGUUGUUGCCGCAGUUUCCUCUGGAGAUGUCCCGCUAAAUGCUGUGCAGCUUCUGUGGGUGAAUCUUAUAAUGGAUACUCUUGGAGCACUUGCCCUGGCUACUGAACCGCCAACAGAUCACCUCAUGAAAAGAUCUCCAGUUGGUCGAAGAGAGCCUCUGAUAACAAAUAUUAUGUGGAGAAAUUUGCUUCUUCAGGCUUUGUAUCAAGUUACAGUACUGCUUGUCCUUAAUUUCCAAGGCAAAAAAAUUCUGAAUCUAGAGCGUGAAAACGAGGACCAUGCUGUUAAAGUGAAAAAUACAUUGAUUUUCAAUGCUUUUGUUCUGAGUCAGUUGUUUAAUGAACUGAAUGCACGCAAGCCUGAUGAGAUUAAUGUAUUUAAAGGUGUUACUAAGAAUCGUUUAUUCAUGGGUAUUGUGGGAUUAACACUGCUUCUUCAGGUCCUUAUCAUAAUGUUUCUUGGGAAAUUUACUUCAACAGUUAGGCUUAGCUGGAAGCUAUGGCUCGUGUCAAUAGCCAUCGGCUUUAUCAGUUGGCCUCUUGCCGCAAUUGGGAAGUUGAUACCUGUUCCUGACAAGCCAUUAAGUGAGUAUUUCACCAGAAAAUCCACAAGUAGAACUACCAGAGGUGAAAGUCAAACCCCCCGUCUUCAAGAAACCUGAUAAUAUUUUACUAUACAUCAGAGCGCAGUUGCACUGUUUCGUUCCUGGGGAUUUGUAGGUUGAAGAGGAGGUAGCCUGCAUGCUUGAGUGGACGUGCAUUAGGCGGUUUUUUAAAUUUUGCGCAUCUAUUGACCACGUGUACAGGCUUGCAGAGACACGUAAAAACGUCAUGUAGUGCAGAAUGGUACAGAAACUUAUACUAACAAACAUAUGUAGUGUUUGACUGGCAAUUUGCCCGUAAAUUUUAACGUUGCACUUGGUAGUAUGUUGAAUUGGUCUCUGGAUACUGAUUGUUCUUUAUGCGUGAUCGGUUUCUAGUUUGUUUAUGCAUGUUGCCAAGUUGUGGUCGCAUCUUAGUGAUGGCAUUGAGUUUCAAACUAGUGAUUUUUUGAAUUUUAGAGUUUUGUUGAUUGUGUUUGCA